CAAGCUUUGGCAUUAACAAGACUUAACAAGCUGAUUAAAAUUGCUUGCCAAACGACUGAUUGCUAUACGGCAUGAAUUCGCAUAUAAACGGAUUGAACGGGUGAUUGAAGUCAGUGUUCCCAGCAAAGCGUACAGUACAACGACGACAACAUGAAGACAACAUUUGGAGUUCUUUGCGCCAUAUUAGCGGUACAUUACGUUGCGGCACAAUGCAAUCUGAGGACCUAUACUACACAACUGAAGCCGGCUUGUGAUCUAAAUGAUAUUUAUAUUAAAUGGCCUAAUUAUGCCAAUCUCAGCACAUACUAUACCUGUUUUGGCGUGGGAAAUCCAGUGUUGACACCAUGUCCAAGCGGGGAAUAUUUUACCUAUGUAUAUCAACAAUGCAACUAUUGUAACCAAUAUAUUCCGGCACCUCCAUGUGAAAAUCUGAAAACACAAAACCCACCCAAUUGUGUACCUAUUGGCAGUGGUGGUAGUAAUGGCAGUGCAACAACAGCAUCAUCUUUACCAACACCAUACUAUCCGACUACAGUUGUUACGAAGCCACCAGCAACUAAAAGACCACCUGUAACUAAAGCACCACCUGCAACUAAAGCACCUGUAACUAGACCACCUAAAAAUCCUCCAACUGGGCAACCUCCAUCGGUAGGGCCCACACCACCAUCUGGAGUUCCGACACCUCCAGGUCCCCCGGGAACUCCAAUCCCUGGACCACCGUCACCAGUAACUAAUGUCCCAGGUGUACCUCAACCUCCAACACCAGAACCAACUCCACCAUCAAUUAAUAUUACUCCUCCGAUCGCUUAGGCACUUCAAUUCAAUUAAAAAAAUAUUUCCCUCUUAAUACCUGCAAAGAAUCUUCUUUAUGUAUUUCAGAACGAAAGUAAUAAAUACUGUGCUGGUCUGAAAAAUUGCUCAAUUAAA